CAUUUAUUCAAUCUUUGACCAUGGAUCAUGUGGUUGGUGGCACGUAUAAAUUGGGUCGGAAGGUCGGUAAAGGAUAUUUUGCGGAACUUUAUUUGGGGAUAAAUGUGCAAACUGAAGAAGAAGUUGCUGUGAAGCUGGAAUCAACUAAAACAGAACACCCUCAGCUUCAUUAUGAAUCAAAGCUGUAUAGGCUUCUACAAGGAGGAACUGGAAUUCCAAAUGUCCGGUGGUUUGGCGUUGAAGGUGAAUACAAUGCCAUGGUUAUUGACCUUCUUGGGCCAAGUUUGGAAGACUUGUUUAACUAUUGCAAUAGGAGGUUCACUUUAAAGACAGCUUUAAUGCUGGCAGAUCAAUUGAUUAAUAGGAUUGAAUAUAUGCACUCAAGAGGAUUUCUUCACCGUGACAUUAAGCCCGAAACCUUCUUAAUGGGUACAGGGCGUAAAGCAAAUCAGGUAUACAUAAUUGACUAUGCUCUUGCCAAGAAAUACAGAGAUCAUGAGACAUAUGAGCAUAUACCAUUCAGGGAAAACAAAAGGCCCACAGGAACAGCUCGUUAUUCUAGUGUUAGCACCCAUCUUGGAGUUGAACAAAGCAGAAGAGACGAUCUGGAGUGUCUUGGUUAUGUGCUUAUGUAUUUUUUGAGAGGAAGUCUGCCAUGGCAAGGUCUGAAAGCUGACGGCAAAAAGCAGAAAUAUGCCAAGAUUACUGAAAAGAAGAUGCUUACACCUAUAGAGGUGCUUUGCGAAUCCUAUCCCUCAGAAUUCAUAUCAUAUUUUUAUUAUUGCCGAUCAUUACAGUUUGAGGACAAGCCAGAUUACUCAUACCUGAAGAGGCUAUUCCGUCACCUUUUCAUUAGUGAGGGUUUUCAAUUUGACUAUUUGUUUGAUUGGACUAUCUUGAAGUAUCCCCAACAAAUUGCAAGAUCGCCAGAAAAGAUCCCUGAUCAGAAGAAGGAGAAGAAGAAAGUGAAAUUUGCAGAAGAUAUGGUGGAGCCAAGUGGGAACAGUGAAGAAUAUAGAAAGCUUCAUCGUUCUAAUAGGGUCAAGAAUGCUCUUAAACGAUAUGAAAUUGAACAAAAAUGUCCUUAGUUAAUAGUUUGUUCUAAAACGUCACUAUCGUCAAUAGUUUGAUCCAAAAAUAUCUGUCUAAAAGAAUUGGCAUUAAGGAGACAUAUCCUAUUUCACAUCAAGAAUAGGACCAAAAAAAGCAUGGGACCAAAAAAAGACAACAUAAUAAAACAGUAGUAGUAGAAGUUAGCUUUAUACAUAUUGUGUGUCUGAAUUGACAACGUGUUUUUGAGGUCAUUUGCCACUAUUUGUUGUCUGUCUCUUGGCAUGUGAAAGUAACAUUGCAAAUGCACAAAUAGACAAAAUAUGCCUGUGAUUUUGGUUAUGGUGA